UUUGUGUUACUCUUUUUCAAGCAGCGACUACCCUGCUUUAGUUUGACCAACAUACAUUCCACCACCAAGGGAGACCAGGAUGAGAAUGUGCUUAACCACUCGUACAAGCGCUAUCACCAGUCGAACACGGCAACAACGACAGCUGCCGGCCAGGAGACGAUACCAGUGUCGGUGCGGGAGUCGCAAUAUCGAGUUGGUCAGCAGCAGCAGGUGCGACCGGUGUUACAGCGGUCGAGCAAUGCGCGAUUGCACCAGGUGCAUGAUGCGAGACGUGGACCCAGCCAGACGCAGACACUGCCCGCAGGCUAUGCGUGCCUCAAGCAUCCGAGCGCCAACGGGGGCGGCUCCAAUAUAAAUCUUUAUCUACACAACGAUCUGGAUCGGCGCUUCUACUUUGAGAAGCCGGCGGUCUCCAAGUGCAAUUUGCACUCUCGCAGCUUUGCCAAGUCAUUGAACGAGCUGUGCCUAGAGCCAACACCAGCAACGGCCCCAGCCCCACAACCACCACCGCCUACCGCUACGUUUGCCGAUUUGCCACAGGAGUUUCCGCUAACGCGCUCGGUGUCGACCACCACAGAUAUCUACACAGCGCCAACGGCGGUCCAACUGAAGCGCAAGCAGCUGCGCAACAUGGCCACCAAUACUCGCACAGAACAGCGCGACGACGGAGAGGAGCAAACGGCGCGGCUGUGCGGGCUGAAGCGCGGCCUGCGCAAGACUAAGGACGAGCUGUUCCAGGAGUUCUGCAAGCGAGCUAGCAUGCGCGCCAAGCCAAAGAAUAUAUACUAUAUACCCAGCGAAGAUCCUGACGAUGCACCCCCGCUCCAACAGCCACAGCCCCCACGGCGUGGCUACGAAGAGGCCCAAAGGAGCCAACAUGAUGAAGAUGACACCGACGGCGAUGAUCAUGGAUUUCGACAGUUUCGCUCUGGCCCCACCUUGGACGAAGAACAUCUCUAUAUAGUCGGCGAUCACGCUCAGCUAGUGAUGCCUCGGCGAGUGUCCAUGUGUGUGGAGCCUUUGCUGCCGCCGUUGAUGCCGACGCAGCAGUUGCGCAAACUGAACUCGAAUAUGUCGCUGCACAUGCCGCAAACAGAGGUGUGGCCCUGGAUGACACAGCCACGUCUCGCAUCGGAGCAUGGUCAGAGUCGGACGCUGCCACGCUGCUUCCUGCGCCAGACAGCUGGCAGUCAGGACAGCCUGGGCUCCCUGCAGAGCAGUUACAGCGCCAGCCAGCUGCGCUUCUCGCAGCUGAUGCAGCAGCACCAGCAGCAACUGCAUCAGCAGAAUCGUUAUCUGUCCACGCUGACGCUGCCCCGGCCCGUUGAUGAGGCUCAGAUCAAUCCGCAGUCACAACAGCAGCAGCAGCAGGCGCAGCCACAGCCGCAAGCACAACCGCAGCCGCAGUCGGCAGUGCAGUGGCCCUCGGCUAUACCGUCCUCACCAUCCAAUUAUGCCAACGGCUAUCCAAUGCCUCAGCCACUUUACGCUCCGGCUAUUGCUGUACCGCUUUCCAGCAGCAUCGCCGGACCGCAUCCGCCCAAGUUUCAGCGCGCCUACGCCUUCGACGAUGCCCAGCGCCGGGCCAGCCAGGCCAGCUGUGCCGCUUCGGAAGCCUUCGAUCUGGACGAGAUGGAGCGCGAGCGCAGACACUCCCAUGCCACCCUCUUCGGUGGAACAGGCAUGCCGCAGAAGCGGGAGCAAUACGACAUCAUCAAUGGCACUGCGGUUUAG